AUGGCUGGAUAUGACGAUGAUUUCGACGCUGUAUACAUACCCAGAGCUGGGGCUUCUCCAGACAAAGAAGAUCACAAUAGCGUGAAGCCCAUUAUUCAAACCUACCCUCCUCUAGGGCAAGCCACUCCCGUUGGAGAUGGCCAUAUCAACAUCCGUCUUGUGCUUCAGACAUCUUCUCAUGAUGAAAAAGAAGACCAAUGGGAAGUCUUGCUUUGGCACUCGGUUGAUGAAUCAGGCUGGUCCGAAGCCCCAUUUUACCAAGUUGACAAACACAACGAGCCGCAUAUUCUACAAGAUGUCUCAGUCCAGAGGAUCAACCGUUUUUAUGAAGUCCCUGUGGAUUUUCAGCGCUCACUGAAAUUCACGCUGAAGUUCCGUCAGAAUCUCCGGUCGCCAUGGGUCUGGGUGCGUGAUGAGCAUGGAUUCGAUGAUGGGAUCAUCGUCCGACAAGUUACCCAACCCCAGUCCAAGGACCUUGGCGAUUUCCUCGGUGAUUUGAACCCAGAAUGGAAAGUUACAGGAUGUCUAAGUGAAUCUCCCGGAACUCAGCUAUGGUCACUCAAAGUUAGUAUUCCGUUGGCUAGAGAUGACGUGUCUGGUACAAGGAGCAUUCGAAUUGCUUCCCCUCCGGCCUCAUUCCUUAGGUGGUUCGCCUUGGUUCGGCAGAAAGCUCCUUGGAUAGCGCCCCGUCAGGGCCGAGGCCAACUCGCUUUACAAGAAGAUGCCGUCUUAUGUGCCUUCCUCGGAUCGGAUGGUAGGCAUGUAGUCUUUCUCGCAGUAAGCUCAGUGGACAAUGUCACUGCUGUGUUACAGUCGGAUUCGGACGGUGCCCUCUUGGCCUAUGGCCGGAGCGAUGCAGAUGCAGAUCAUCCUAAAAGCGAAUGCACAAUUUUGGUUGCUGAAGGCAUAGAUUUUAACCAUGCGGUAGCUGCAGUUACAUACUACUCUAGAAAGCUUAGAUCACAACCAUACACAGCCUCGGAAAAGGAGACGAAAACUGGUGACGAAGUUAACACACAAUGGUACCAAAAAUGGAACGAUGGCCUUGGAUAUUGCACCUGGAACAGCUUGGGCCAAGAUUUAACUGAAAAUACCAUUUUGAAUGCCCUGGAUGAUUUAGCCCGCAAUGACAUCAACAUCUCGACUCUGAUUAUAGAUGAUAAUUGGCAAUCAAUCGAUGCUGAGGGAGCCAACCCUUUCCAGCGAAGCCUCCUCGAAUUCGAGGCCAAUACAGCAGGGUUUCCGGAUGGCCUAAAGGCCACCGUCUCACGGAUCAAAAAGAACCACCCCAAUAUCCUUCAUAUAGGUGUAUGGCAUGCUUUGUUAGGCUAUUGGGGAGGUAUCUCUCCAAAGGGAAAGCUCGCCAAAUCAUAUCAAACGAUCGAGCUCGACAGUGAACGAUCAGGACGUGUCGACUUGCCUCUCAAAGACAAAAUCACGGCCGUUUCCAAAGACGACGUGGGCAGAUUUUACAAGGACUUUUAUGCAUUUCUCGAAGAUGCAGGGAUUACAGCAGUCAAAACCGACGCUCAGUUCAUGGUGGACAAUUGGUCGAGCGCCUCAGCCCGAAGGGAGCUCCUCAACGAGUACUUCGAUGCCUGGAUCAUUGCGUCCCUCAUUCAUUUUAGCAUGGACGUUGUAUCGUGCAUGUCGCUAUUUCCACAGGCAGUUUUCUAUUCCCAGUUGCAGCCCACCAGGCCAUCUUUUCGGGUUCGUACUUCUGAUGAUUUCUUCCCUCACAUUCUUGACUCGCAUGCUUGGCAUGUCUGGGCCAACGCGCAAAAUUGCAUAUUCAUGCAGUAUUUGAAUAUCAUUCCGGACUGGGACAUGUUUCAAAGUGUCGGGGACUAUGCCGGCUUCCACGCUGCUGCAAGAUGUGUUAGUGGUGGCCCGGUAUACAUCACCGAUGUUCCUGGCAAACACGACUUGGAGCUGCUCAAGCAGAUCGCAGCGACCAAUCCGUUAGGACGGAGCACCGUUUUCCGACCAAGUGUUGUUGGAAGAUCUCUUCUCCCCUUUGCUGGGUACAAGGAUGGGUUGUUUCUACAAAUCGGAAGCUACCAUGGGGCAUCCGGAACAGGAACUUCAAUCUUGGGUACAUUUAACGUAUCAGAUCGCGCAUUGACCGAAUUGAUUCCACUAUCCAUCUUCCCAGGAGUCACCAGUUCGACGCAUUAUGUAGUCAGAGCUCAUAGUACAGGGCGAGUCACAGCACCCAUCAGCCCAAACACUGCACAAGAGUUUGUUGCCUGCUCCCUCGAUGUGCAGGGUUACGAAAUCUUCUCAGCAUUCCCCUUGGUAGCUAUCCAAAGCAACAAGUAUGGAGAAGUGUUGAUUGCGAAUCUCGGACUCUUGGGGAAGAUGACAGGUUGUGCUGCAGUUAUUUCCAAUCGCAUCGAAAGAAGGUCGAACGGGAGGUUGCUCAUUGAUACAAAUAUAACAGCUUUUGGAGUUUUGGGCCUAUAUGUCUCAACUCUUCGAAGAAUGACAAUUGACGAUUUCAUGGUGACAAUUCAGGAGAAGCCCAUUCCACCAAGCACCGUGAGGAUGUCGGCAGUCAGCGAUUUCGUUCUAGAAAUAGAUGUAGAGAGAGCCUUCAAAGAAAUGAAGCUCGACACUCAGUGGUACAACGAAGUUGAGGUGAAGAUAUACUUCCCGACUUAG